GGGGCUGGGGUUCCUGGUGGGGCCCCGGGGCUUUCCCCCUCUGCUCGGGGCCCGCAGUGACGCUGCCGUGUGGUCCCUUUGCAGACGAUGAGCUGAGCGUGCUGAUCAUCGUCCUCGACACCAACCCGAUCUGGUGGGGGAAGAAGGCCCUGGGAGAGGCUGAGCAGUUCACCCUGUCGAAAUGCAUCGAUGCAGUGAUGGUGCUGGGAAACUCUCACCUACUCAUGAAUCGCACCAACAAACUCGCUGUCAUAGCGAGUCACACUCAGGAAAGCCGUUUCCUGUACCCUGGGAAGCGUUGGGCUGCUGCAGAUCCCUUUGGAGAGGGAGGCCCUUCCAUGGAAUCUAAUUGUUCCGGCAGCAAGGAUGGAAAAUACGAAUUAUUAACAGCAAUAAAUGAUGCAAUUGCAGAAGAGGUUAAAGACCUCAUGACAAAGACUGACAUGAAGGGCCAGCAAACAGAAACCCUGUUAGCAGGAUCACUUGCUAAAGCACUUUGUUACAUCAACAAGAUGGGCAAAGACUUAAAAGCCAAUCAAGAAAUUAAAUCAAGGAUUCUGGUCAUAAAAGCUGCAGAAGACAGCGCAUUGCAAUACAUGAAUUUCAUGAAUGUGAUCUUCGCAGCACAGAAACAGAGUAUUUUGAUUGAUGCCUGUGUCUUGGACUCUGAUUCAGGUCUUCUACAACAGGCCUGUGAUAUUACAGGUGGCAUAUAUUUGAAAGUGCCCCACAUGCCAUCCCUUCUGCAGUAUUUGUUGUGGGUUUUCCUCCCUGAUCAAGAGCAGAGAUCACAGCUCGUCCUUCCACCUCCUGUUCAUGUUGACUACAGAGCUGCCUGCUUCUGUCAUCGGAACCUCAUUGAAAUUGGCUACGUCUGCUCCGUGUGCUUGUCAAUAUUCUGCAACUUCAGUCCUAUCUGCAGUACCUGCGAGACUGCUUUCAAAAUAUCAUUGCCACCUGUCAUGAAAGCAAAGAAGAAGAAAUUAAAGGUAGCUGCAUAGCAACAUUAUGUAAAUACAUCAUUACCUCCUCCAGUAAUUCCAUGAAAUGGAACCUACUUGAGAAACUGGUGACACUUUUUAUUGGAUAUGAAAGAGAACUGUAUGCAGUGCUAUUACUUGUGUCUUAGGGGAUAAAUAUUUAAAAUGUGUGUCUUCUAUGCAGCCUGUUAAGUAACAGAUCACUGUAUUACCAUGCAAUCUGUGCUGUUUUAAAUAUGUAAGAGGAGCCAGAAGUUACAUCCUGAUAAAGAGACACAGCCUGUGAAUUUGAGGGUAUUCUGUCCACUGCAAAGUUUCACACCUCCAAGUUAUUUUCAAAGCCAGGAAACCUUUGGUUCUUUCUAUAUAUUAGUGCAAAGUUAAAAAUGACCAUUUCUAGUGUGUAGGAUCGGAAUUGUAGCACUGUGUUGUUCCAGGACUUCAUCUUCUUACUAGCAAUAUGAGCCACCAUUUUCAAGAUGGCCUGCUGAA